UUCACUUGUCCGUAUCAUCUGACAGCUGUUGCUAAAAUAACGAGUUUUCCUCAUUGCUGUGCAUGACAAGUUAGGAUUGGGUAAGGUUUAUAAGUCUUAAAGAGGCUGCAUCUUCAGACCACAAAGAAUCACCAUGAGUUUUAGCAGUGUUCUUAUCGUGUUGGGACUUUUCGUGGUGAGUGAGCGAGCGCACGGACGAGUUGUCACUAUUGGUACACCAGUCGUAUUUACAGGCACAAAUGGAGGUGGAGAAGAUGAAAUUCAAGCACCUGUAGGUUACACGGCAACGAAAUCUUUCUACGCAGGCGGAACUGUAAACGCAGCGUGGUACACUCCCUAUGACAACAUCAAAGAUCUCGGCACCAUUGCCACAAUUGAUGUCCAGCCACAGGGACAGUUCGCACAACUCUCCGUCAGAGGUACUACAACAAGUGGUCGUGUCAGGAUCCGAAUAUACGCUGAUAUAAACUGAUUUGAACUCUGACACCUAUAGCAACGCAAUAUUUAUAAACUGAAUGUAAUUUACAAUGGUAACAAUAUUAAUAAAACACGUGUUUUAAAUUAAA